AUGUCUUCUCCCUCAGCGCCCCAUACUUCAUAUCAGUACAGUCUUCUCGAUCCAUCGCUUCGAGAGAUUCGUCUUCUCCAUCUUCUUCCUACCCAACUCUCUGAAUCAUACCAGGAGAACACCCCCACUUGCACAAUUUCCCAAGCCCCGCUCGUCUCGACUCCCAAAUACAUCGCUCUCUCGUAUGUAUGGGGCACCCAACCCUCUCAACGGACCAUCAAAAUCAACGAACAUUCCUUCCCUGUAGGUGAGAAUCUAUACGUCGCAUUACAACAUCUACAAGGACCCGAAGAGCUUAUCCUCUGGAUCGACGCAAUCUGCAUCAACCAAACCGACGACAACGAGAAAUCUACGCAGGUGCAGCUCAUGCGCGACAUCUAUCGCCACGCUGUCGGCGUCGUCGUAUGGCUAGGCUCCUCCACACCGCAGACAGACACAGCGAUGUACUGGCUCGAUAAACUAGGCGAGUCGUUACUGGCAAUGGGUAUUGAGAAACUUAAAGCCGAGCAUGUGGGGAAAUGGGAUACCUGGGAUGAAACCGUAGAUGAAGAAGAAGAUUCGCGGCCAUGGUUUUCACGUGCUUGGUGUUUGCAGGAAUGUUCAAAUGGAAAGGAGGUAAUAUUCCAAUGCGGG